AGGCAGGCAAUAGGGUUGUAGAUAGUUUCGUUUAGUGCGCUUGUCCGCUUGCUCAGCUUGCUUCACUAGCGGCUGGGUGUUAAACACUGUGCAAUACUCUGUAUACGAGCAGCUAGAUGCUCAUUCUGGGCAGCGUCAUUUAAAUGAUGGAAUUGUGUUUGAUUACCCAGACACCCAUACACCCAGUUAUGUUGCAGAAUGAAUAUGCUCGUUUUUCGUUUGUUACUAAUGCAUCAAAAGCUAUAAAUGUUUGUAUGCUCAGGAGAGAGCUUUUCGAGAGCAAAACAUCCACGUGAGAGUAACAUAUUAUUGCUAUGAAUACUUGUCCUUUAGUUUCUCUCCCUGAAAGAGUUAGAGGAGUAAAUUUUGAGUCUGGUGUAGGUCAAGAACAAAAAAUAAAAUCAUAAAAAUACAAUCAUUGUUCGAAUUUCCAUAAAUGCUCACACAUGUAUGGAAAAGUGAGCAGUUAUCCGCUUUUGUAGAGAAAUAAGUACCAGAAUAAGAUACGAAAAUAAUAAUUAAAAACUUAAUGAUGAUAGAUGUCGAGAGAAUAGGGGAGCUAUCAUUUAAAAUAUAUGCGCAACGCAUUUUCUGAGUGCCAUUAGAAUCCAAGUUAAAUUUUAAAUAAGGCCAUAUAUAAACAGAAAUCGAGCUCGAAUUUGAACGAAGCCCAAAAAAUAAGAAUUCAAUAAAACAAGUAUGCGAAUCUAAAUGCCGGAGUUGUUAAUAUCGGCCGUGCGAAUAACGAGAGUGGACGAGGGCUGAAAAUGAGUGAAAGUAAUAAAUAGUGAGAAACUCGAAGACGCACUGUUUGAGUCUUUGUUACCUUGUAUACGAUGAAGGAUUCCAGAGGCGGAUUAUCUCCGACUAAAGAGAUAACUAGCAACACGUAUAGGCAAGCAGUGCAAUUUAAUGGCAACGCAGUGCCCGAUGAAAAUAAGGAGCCAAAGGAGUUUUCCAUGCCGAUUGGCAAUAUGAUAAACGAUUCGAUCUCACAAUCAUCUUCAACAACAUCGUCAUCGUCAUCAUCAUCUUCAACAUCAACGUCAACAACGUCAACUCAGCCGCAUGGCGAGCUAUUGCCGAAAGCCAACUCUGAAUCAGUGGAGCAUAUUUUCAAUGCACCAACGUCAAGUAAUGCUGUCCCUGUAUUGCCAACGACAGCAACAAACAAUUUGAUGUCUGAAAUUUUGUUGAGACAACAGCAACAUGAUAUGCUUCAGCAUUGGUCCAAAAUGGAGGAGCGAGAUCAGUUAGAGGGCAGUUGCAAUAAUCGUGAUUUAAUAUUGGCUCAUUGCAUAUACAAUAGAAAUAAAUCGACACAAAGGCAGCAGCAGCAACAACAACAACAACAACAACAACAACAACAACAACAACAACAACAAUUGCUAGCAACACAAUUACUAUAUGCACAAUUUUUGCAACAGCCUCAUUUGUCCUUGGAUGUUCAUCAGGAGCUCCAGCGAGAGCGUAGGCUAAAAAUUUUUGAAUAUUCGGGUUUAACGAAAUCGGAGCCAAAAGCUAUCCCAUUAGCAACGCCAUUGCCAUUGCCAUUGUCAACGGCAAUAUCGCAUGACAACAAUAACAAUAAUCGAAAUGGAGUCGUUGAGCAACGGGGCAGCAAAUGUAAGUCAGGCAAGCGAAGGUCAUCACGAAACAGCGCAAGCGAUUCAACGGUUUAUUUUUUUCGAGAACAGAAGAAUGUGUUGUUCGAUGUCAAGAAGGGACUAGAGCAGCUGACAUUACUUUGCAGUCAAUUUCAGCUAAGUCUCAUGCCACCAUCAUCGACGGCACAGACCGCUAUUGAUGAGGACAACAACAACACAGCAACCAGCGCGUCUGCCGUGUCACUUGAGCUAACCGUGCAGCGCGAGUUAGAGAGCAAUCGAAUGAAGAUCGAUGGCAUGCUGAGUCAAGUGCGUAAGCUCUAUCAUCAGUGGAGCAGUGCCGAGCUCUACUAUCUACGCAGUCUGCAGCGCUUGGGCCUGCACCCGGAUAGCAAAACGAUAAACAGCAGCCAGUCGCCAACGCACAAUGUGAUGGCUUUGGCUGCGAUUGCGUUAUCAGCUGAGUGUGAUACAGCGUCAAAUAGCAAAGCCGAUGUAGAGAGCAUCCACAAGCAGGAGAACUGCAACAGUAAGCCUGAGACAAUUUCGUCGGAGAAUCGGCGUACGCUACAAGAUAUUGAAAAUAUUAUUAUACAGCAAGCAGCCGCAUCCGCAGCAACUGCAGCAGCUGGCACAACCCAACAAACAAAGCUAUCCGAUUCCAGAUACGAGAGUGCCGAAAGCAGCAACAGCGACGACGAUGACGAACUCGAUGAAGAUUGUUCAUCCUCACCUGCUUGUAUCUGGCACUCGAAGCACAACGCGAACCCGGCUGAGGCAAAUAUUGUUGAUGCAGCCGAAAUACUGUUAGAGUAUACCUCGCUGUCAACAGUGCAGGCCAAAAUGAAUGCCCGAAUUGAUGCUGCGCCUGCGUCUACUCCUGCAACUUCAACUGCUUCUCUUUCGAAUACCUCCGUCUUAAAUCUAACGCCCAUUAGCCAGCGCGGCUCGCUCAUUCGAGAGUCAAUGUCAAGCUGCGGCAGCGAUCCAGCCUAUUUGGCCGACAUACAAUUCCCACCCACACCAGCCACGCCGCCGACCAGCAGUAAUAGCAGCUGUUCAACAGUCACUGGAGGACCACUUCCACUCAAGUGCUCGAGUGCCACUCUGGCACCGGCUACUACUAGUAGCAGUAGCAAUAGUGCCAAAUACCAUCAUCGGCGCAAGUCACGCUAUGCACGCCGCAUUGCAACUCCUACCAGUCAGUUGGACUAUCAGUCAAGCAAAGAGUUGAAUGGUAACGCGUAUCAAGUCAGUUCCCCAUCAAUGGCUUCAUCUGUUGCAUCAUCCGCCACAUCUUUACCUCCGGGGUCAUCGGCGGCAGCAAUAGCAGCAGCAGCCCUUCAGGAUAGGCAUUCGCCAGCAGCAGCUGUUGCAGCUGUUACAGCUAUGCAGGAAAGAGCCCUAAGCGAUAUGUUUAAGGCACAGUUUGACGCUCUUACUUCGGCUGCUGGAGCUGGAGCUGGAUCUCGGAAUGGAGGUAUAAUUGGAGCGGGGACUGGUCCAGUUGGAGCUUCAUCGGAAGGUGUGCUAAAUGAAAACUGUGAUGGGUUAUCCACUAUGCCUAUGUCUGAUGCGCCCUACGAUUUAAGCAUUGGAAACAGGCUAAACAAAAUAAACUUGGAUACGAAAGGAUCCUCAAAUUCGCAAGCUAACGACUGUAAAGAUAGUUCAAAUGAUAAAAAAAAACCACAUAUCAAGAAACCAUUAAAUGCAUUUAUGCUAUAUAUGAAGGAAAUGCGAGCCAAAGUAGUCGCCGAAUGUACACUCAAAGAGUCAGCGGCGAUAAAUCAAAUAUUGGGUCGGCGGUGGCACGAACUUUCCCGCGAAGAACAAAGCAAAUAUUAUGAAAAAGCGCGACAAGAGCGCCAAUUACAUAUGGAAUUGUAUCCAGGUUGGAGCGCUAGAGAUAACUACGGUUACGUUUCAAAAAAGAAAAAGCGUAAAAAAGACAGAUCGACUUCGGAUUCGGGAGGCAACAAUAUGAAAAAGUGUCGAGCACGCUUUGGACUGGAUCAGCAGAAUCAGUGGUGCAAGCCCUGCAGACGCAAAAAGAAAUGCAUUCGCUAUAUGGAGGCACUGCAUGGAGACGGCCAUGAGGAAGGCAGCGGCAUGGACGACACUGGAAAUCUGAGCCAGCUGAGCGAUGAUGAUGACGAUGACGAUGAGGACCUACUGGUGAGCGGUGGCGCCGGAAUGGGAAGCUCGGGUAGCGGCGAUGAAAUGAUCGAUAUGAAUCAGGAUAAGCUCGCCGACAAUGAGGACACUGAGUCAAUGAGUCAAUCGCUGUCAAGUCCCGGAUGUCUGAGCGGGCUCUCCAGCCUACAGAGUCCGUCAACGACGACGAGCUUGGCCAGUCCACUUAAUAUGAAUAUGUUAACUAGUCCAAUGACGCCCGUCAUCAACACCACCACCAACACGAGCAACAACAAUAGCAAUGCUGGUCCACUUUCUGUUAUCAACAGCAGUAGUACGGAGCAACAGACGGCGUCGGCGAGCAGUCAGUUGUUAAUAUCUGCGUCUGGAUCUGGAUCUAUAUCCGGUUCCGGUACAGGUACAGGUACAGGUUCAGGUUUAGGUUCCGGUACAGGUUCAGGUUUAGGUUCAGUCUCCAGUUGCAGUAUCGGCUCAACAUGUAGCAUUAGUAACAGCACACCGAAUACCUCUAGCACUGUUUCAUCAUCGAUUGCUGCGACACCGAACGCUGCUAAUGAGCGCGCCAUGAUGCUUCGCAACCGGUUCAGCCAUCUAGGCAUGGGCCUGAAUCCGGAUCAACUUUUCCCAGCUGUAUCUGCAACUGUCAGCAGCAGCCCCAGUACUAUUACAGCUAUCUCUUUGGCAACGAAUAGCUUCAACUGUUACAGUAACGCGGGCAUGAAGGCAACGUCGGUGACGAUUGCUGCUGCUACACCUGCGUCAGUAUCGGUAUCGGGACCCAUAUCGGUAUCGGCACCAGCGUCUACACCUCCAUCGCUACCUGCAAUAAGCCUACAUCGCAAUCCGAUUGGCGCCAAUCCGCGUGACAUUAACAAUCCUCUAAGCAUCAAUCAACUGACUAAGCGCCGCGAGGACAACAAUGUUGCACUGCUCGAAACUCAAUCGGUCUCAGCGGCUUUGGCUCACAAUCCUUACACGCACUCACAUUCGCCACAUCCACACCCACAGCCACACUCACAGCCACCACCACUUACCCACCCGCAUCUACACCCGCAUGCGGACCAGCACCCGCACCCUCAUCCACAUCCACAUCCACAUCCACAUCAUUCGCUCUUUAGUAGUAGUAGCUUUAGUCAACACUUCCAGCAACGGUUAAGCAAUCAUCUAGCAGCCACAAACAGCAGCAGACUAAGCAACAGCAGCAACAUUAACAUUGGUCCAGUCGCCCAGUCGUCCAGUGACGCCCCAACUUUAAUUAUAAAGCGUCGCAACACAUCCGAUCCGCCACCUGCGACUGGCAAUAGCGCGACACCCACCUCAACUGAAACUGGAGCUAUAAGCGUUUCGUAGCAGUCUAGCAGUAGCAUGACAGCAUAUGCAACCAUAGAUAUGACGUCACUCAGCGUUUGUUGCCUGCCAAAGACGUUCUACCAACACUCACUCGACCUGAGGCGUUUCGGAGCAGUCAGUCAGUCAGGUUUAAUCGCUCUUGUUCCAGGAUCAGCAUACGCCAGGUAGCCAAUUAGCUAAAAUGCAACAGGUAAUUGGGUCCACCGUGCAAUACCGUACUACGCCUCGCUCUCGCUUUCUUUCUCUCUCCCUCACUAUUUAUCUCUACUGCAUCCAUCAUCGUCAUUGCCAUAGUCGUAACAUAAGUAACAUGUGGCCAUUAUUGGACAAGUGCCAAAAGUACACCAUAUAUUCGUAAAUUCGUACAUGUAUAUACAUAUAAAUACUUAGUAUACCAGCAGCCCAUAACAAUUAUCGCCCCAUUCAUUAUCAAAGUGUGUGCCUUACUCCAACACACUAUGCCAAGUCAAAACAACAAAGUUAUAUAUAUAUAUAUACAUACAUGCAUGUAUGUAUAAUCGCAAAUUUGGUCACACGAUCUAUAAGGGAAAAUGUUGAUGGUUCUACAGGAUCGAGCAUACCAUAUAUAUCGGGUUAUAUCUCUGUUAGGUAAUUCUCUUUCACCUAUACAUAUACAUACUACACUAUAUAUGCGAAGAGUGUCAGUUAAACAAAAGCAGUAUUAAUGGCUUUCUUUUAUUUUCGAGAAAUGUACUGUUAGUCGUGAAUGUAAAUAUAUGGUUUUAUAAAAGAAAGAACGUACGAAUUUAUUAAAAAAAAACUGGACCUGAUAGCUAAUACUAAAAAAAGUAUCCGAUUCUUUGAUUCUCCCUGCGGCAUAUGUAAAAGGAGCGAUCAAGAUAAAAACGAAAGAAAGCUGUUUUAGCUCCAAAAAGUUAUCAAUAUUUUUAAUCAUAAUAGCACACAAAACAUAACAUUUAUAUACAUAACAAUUUAAAGAAAUUAAACAAAUUAUAUUCAAACGAAAUAAGUAACUGGAACAAUUUAUAAUUCUUAUCUUAAAGCCACAAUCUAACUUUGUUGUUUACCUAUUCCAUUAUGCGUACAAGCAUGUCCACUUUUCCCCAUUCAACAACAUUAUUAUCCGCAAUAAUUACAACCUCCAAAUGUGAGUGAAAGAGACCCCAACAAAUUAAAGUAUUUCGAUUAUUACCCAAUGCAGCCAUCAUUUCAUUACACGUGGCCUAUUUUGGAUGCUCGUAGGUCACGAACAAUAUCCUAAUUUCUUAUUCUCAUCAGAGAAAGUUAAAUUUAUUCUCUUAUUCCAUAUGACAAUUUUUGUGGAUAUUGGCAAAGAUAAUUAAAUUAUUGCGUAUUUAGCAGGAAGUUUCGUUUAAACGACCCCAAUGAAGCCGAGUUCUAUGUAUUCUAUGUUUGAGUAAAGUAAACUAUUAUUAGUAUUCUUCUUUCGGUCAAUAUUCAUAGCAAUUUUGCGAAUUAACAUGCUCAUAUAAAGUCGAAGACCAAAUAUGAUUAAUCUGAAAACCAAGAAAACUGUCCCAUUUACUUAUUUCGGCCCCAAACCUCAUCUUUACUUUCUAAUAAAAACUAAUCCACAUUUCGCGCACCUUAUAUACAUAUAAUUAAACAUUUGUACAUACUUAGGUGUUUAUGUCAUACAACAUUCGAAAGAUGAUGCCAAACAUUUAGUUGAGCGGUAUGUCAUGGUAUAUACAUAUGUACAUAAAUAUGCAUCAUAUGUAUGUAUGUAUUUAUGUAUAUGCGUAAACACAACAAUGUGCGUAAAGCCAUCGCCAAUUAUAAGAAAAAGACUGUUAAAUACUUAAUUAAACAAACUGAAAUAUAUGUAUGUACAUAUUGAUUGAUGUAUUGUAGAUGUGUAAGCACAAACACAAUCAAUCACCUACACACACAGUUUAAGUCAAUUGAAGUAUUUGUGAAUCUAAAGAAUUACACAUACACACCUUACAAUAACAACUUAAGGAAUUUGGAUAUGUAUGUGUGCAUUACUAUGUGUAAUUUAUUAAAAUAACAUCAUUUAUGUAUGUAUGUAUUCGCGUGUCAAGAGAGAUGCACACAUACAUACCAUAAGCAGCAGACUGUCCCAGUCGCAUACACACUAUUGUGUACUAUGUGUCAGGCGUUGAAAUAUACAUAAAUAAAUUUGUAAUAGGUACAAUGCCCCACAAAAGUGUGUGUAGAUGGUUUAUUUUGCUUAUUCCAUUUUAUUGAAUUACAAUAAAACGAAACCAAUAUUCAGCCACAGUUUUAAAGACAGAAUGGUUUAAGAUAUAGUUCUAUAGGUAAAAACACAUAUCUAUAGACGUAUAUCUAGAAACUAAACACUAGCUUUAGUCUAUAUUCUAAUCAAAAGCAAGAGCAAAGGCGAAAGCAAAACAAACAAAAACUUAUAUUUACGUUAACUAUGCUUCCAAUUUUCUGUGUUUUUAUUUAAAUGUUUACUUAGUAAAUAACGCAUAUGAGAAACAGUUUUGCAAUAUUUACAGAUUUAUUUAUUGAUAUUAACUUCUAAGCUAA